CUUUCCUACACAAUUCCACCAUCAUUAUCAUCUCAUCUCUCCCCUCUCCAUUCUCUCUCUGUCGGCCAAACAACAAGGAAAAGAAAAGAAAACUUCAACUCCAUAGUUGGUUCAAGGAAGAAGAAGAAGAAGCAAGAAACCAUCCAAAAUUUCCAAAUCUUGCACUCAAAAACGCAGCAGCAACUUCUAGGCGCAAGAAGAAAUCCUUAGCAGAAGCACAAGAGGAGACCGGCAGUACCGAACCAACAAUUUAGAAACGAAUCCUUUGGUGCUGCGAAAAUGACUUUUGCUCUCAACAAACUUCUUCCAGACCUCUCCAAACUCGAGCCGCUCGACGGAAAGAACUACCGCCGGUGGUCGCAGAAGAUGCUAAUAUUCUUCGAACAACUUGAGGUAGACUACGUCUUGUUCGAAGACGCCCCAACUGAUUUUGUUGAAGAUGUCAACACCACCGACGACUCCACCGCUGCAACUGCCGAUGCCGCCGCUACCAAAGCCGUUGCCGCUCCAGAGAUGUCCAAACGCUCUGCUUCCAAAGACAAGGCUAAGGGAGAUGACCAAGCCAAAAGAAAGUACGAGAAGGACAACAAAACAGUUCGUGGUCAUCUCCUUAGUCACAUGACAAAUCCAUUGUUUGAUUUGUUCAUUCCGAACAAGUCCGCAAAGUCAAUUUGGGAGACAUUGCUGAAGAAGUACGGGGCGGAUGAUGCUGGAAAGAGCAAGUAUGUCACCGGAGAAUGGCUGCGUUUUCAAGUGGUGGAUGACAAAUCAAUCAUGGACCAAGUCCAUGAAUGCGAGAAUCUGGUUUCUGAUGUCCUGGCCGAAGGGAUGAUGAUGUGCGAAAUUUUGCAAGCAAAUGUUCUCAUUGAGAAGCUGCCACAAUCAUGGGCAGAAUACUGCAAAAAAUUAAGGCAUAAGAAACGAGACAUGCCACUGGACGAAUUAGUCUACCACAUCAAAAUUGAAGAGGCAAAUCGCCUCAAGGAUAAGUCACUGUCCUCUUCUGUUUUACCUCCUGUUAAAGCUAACCUCGUUGAAUCUUCAAAUGGCAAUAAUCACAGGUCUAAAGGGAAUUCCUCCGGCUCUUUCAAAUCGAAUAAGAAGUCCUUCAAGAAACCUGGAAAUAAACACUUCAAGAACCAUGGUGGACAGAUUCAAAAGAAAAAUAAUGGUGCUUGUUUUGUGUGUGGUAAAACAGGUCAUAAGGCUAAUUGCUGCUUUAAGAGAUUUGACAAUAACAAGGAUGGAAAUGUUCACCACAAUCCUCAAGCUAAUGUUGUCGAGCAUGAUGACAUCAUUACUGCCGUAGUUUCUGAAGUGAACAUGGUUGAGAACCAUGUUGAGUGGAUAGUGGACACCGGGGCCUCUCGCCAUUUCUGUGCUAAUAAAGAGCUGUUUGUUGAGUUUGAUGAGUCUGCCGAAAUUGAGAAGGUGUUCAUGGGAAAUUCAAAUAGCGCAGAUGUGCUUGGCAAAGAAAAGGUUCUUCUUAAAUUAACUUCUGGAAAAUCUUUAUCGUUGUCAAAUGUUUUUUAUGUACCCUCCCUUCGUAGGAACUUGAUUUCAGGAGCCUUACUUAAUAAGGCUGGUAUUAAGUUGGUCUUUGAGGCUGACAAGCUUGUUCUGACCCGUAAUGGGGAGUAUGUGGGGAAAGGGUAUCUCUCUGGUGGAUUAUUUGUUUUGGAUGUUUCUGUUAACAACAUGAAUAAAGCUUCUACUUCUGCUUAUAUUGCUGAGUCUAUUGAUUUGUAGCAUGAUUUAUGUGCCUCAAUGAUCGUUCUAUAUUUGAAUCUAGGGAUGCUGAAUUUUUUGAACAUAUUUUUCCACUAAAGAAGGACAUUGUACGUCCUAUUUUAUCAGCUCCUAAUUUUGCAUCUGCUUCUGUUCCAUCUAAAAAUAAUGAGGUAACUGAAAUCAGGAAAAGCAAAAGGCGUAGGAUUGAAACAAAUUUUGGUCCUGAUU